CGGCGACUCCGGGGAAACGAUGCUGUUGGCGACCUUUAAGCUGUGUGCUGGGAUCUCCUAUAGGCACUUGCACAAUAUGACAGGACUGAGGCAACAAGCAUUAGUUGCCAUCAGCCAGGAGCUGAAUCGGAGAGUCUUUGGGGGUCCUGGGCCCAGCAAGUGGAUCUCCCAAGUCCGGCGCCGGAGCUCCCUGUUCAGUUCCCGGCUGGAAGAGAACCUCGGCAGUGAACAGGACAUGGCCUAUUUAAAACAGGGAGAGGAGGCCUUGCAGAAGGCCUUGAGCAUUCUCAGCAACCAGGAUGGCUGGAAGAGUGAGACCCAACGGAAGAAUGGGGACAAAGUGCUGAGUAAGGUGCUCCCAGAUGUGGGCAAGGUUUUCCGGCUAGAGGUGGUAGUGGAUCAGCCCAUGCAGAUGCUCUACGAGGAACUGGUGGAGCGCAUGGAGCAGAUGGGCGACUGGAACCCCAAUGUCAAAGAAAUCAAGGUCCUGCAGAAGAUUGGGAAAGACACAGUCAUCACCCAUGAAACAGCUGCUGAGACCCCAGGCAACAUAGUGGGGCCUCGGGACUUUGUGAGCAUCCGCUGUGCCAAACGCAGGGGCUCCACCUGCGUGCUGGCGGGCAUGGCUACAAACUAUGAGGAGAUGCCGGAGCAGAAAGGUUAUGUCAGGGCUGAGCAUGGACCUACUUGCAUGGUGCUAAGGCCCCUGGCUGGAAAUCCCUCUCAGACUCAGCUGACCUGGCUCCUCAGCAUUGAUCUCAAGGGAUGGCUCCCAAAGAGCAUCAUUAACCAGGUCCUCUCCCAAACCCAGAUGGACUUUGCCAACCACCUGCGUAAACGCCUGGCCGCUAGCCCUGCCUCCGCUGCUGUCAGCUGCUGAAGAUCUUCUUGCUGCCUCUAUUGGUCUCAAGAAAUCCUCAACCUGCACCAGAAUCAGCUAGGUCUUGCAGGUCUGCAGAUUAUCCCUAGCCUCACUGGCAGUAGGGACAUAGAAUAGGGCUUGGGCAGAGUCUGCUCAGGGUUUUCUUCCUCUACCUUUAGCAUCAGUAAGAAGGAUUCUUGGAAGGGUGGCAUCUUCCCUCAUCAUCAUUCUCCCUCAUCUCCCUCUCUGGCCCCCCAUUCAGGACAGGAAGAGCUCUACAUAUUUCCUAGGAUGCAAGCCUUCUUGUAACGCCCUUCUCAGAAAUCGUUAAAUAGAUUUUUUUUUUUAAGGGCCUGACUCUGUCAUUUCUGAAUGGGUGAAAAAUGGAAUGGUUGACUAGAUAUUCCCCACAGCUUCUUGCAGUGGGAGCCCUAACAUAAAUCCUUCUGUCUAGACCCUAACAGUAAAAUCAAAACGGGGUAUAAGGACUCAAAGCUCCUUGAGUCAAUUGAUUUAACCUACUCAGUAUGAAAAGAAUCCUUUGGGCUUCGACACAAUCAUUUAGACCAUCACUGAAAAAAAGAUAAUCUGUUUUUUAAAAAAGACCAAUCAUUCCACUGGGUAACUCUGCGAUCAACUAAAGGCAACCUGGACUGAGUUCUAAGUGAGAGAUGAUUGGGAGUAAGAUACGUAAUAAGCAAAGGUUUUAUUUCCUUAAAAGGCAAAAGGGAAAGGAAAUAUACAUGAAGAAACAGAUUGGAUUAUUUUACUCUUCAGUAAGUUUUUAGAGGUAAGGAGAGAAUCUGUCAACACGUAUUCAAGAUGUUUAGACACACUAGCUAAGUAAGAGCCCAAGGGCGCCCAUUUUCCAAAUCUCUGCCACCUAGCUAAAUACACAAUAAACUACUUCAGGGCUUCGGGGAAUUUAUGUGGAAACGUAAAUUGGUAUCAAAACCAUUUAAACGUAGCACUGGGAACAAGUCUGUUGCUAACACCAUUAGCACCAGAAGCUUUUCCACACUGAUUCUGAGCACAUGAAUAGACAUCAGCAGUAAACACUUGCAGUACAGUGUUUGAAAACAGGGCUUUGACUUAUUUAUUAAACAAAUGUGUAGUAAGAUGGAAGCCUGUAUUUGACUCGUUUAAAGCUUUUUACAGCAGAUGUACAUUAUUUAUUUAUUAUAGCAAAUCGUGCCAAAGAGUCAUCUGACCCAGUCCCUGAAAUGGAUGAAAUGCAUCCUUUUUCACUUGUCUCACUAUGGUUUUCAUUGACAGAAAUAUCAUCUACUUUCAGAAUAGGAAAGGUUCCCUGUACUUUCCAAGUGCUUAGUACAGUGCUCUGCACACAGUAAGCACUCAAUAAAUACAACUGAAUG